AUGGAGUCAAAUGUUCACAGAUGCAAGGUGAGGAUGUCAGGAUUGUCGUCACUGCAUCCCGUCAUCGCCUCCAUGAAUCCUGCGGCUUAUGAGGGCCUUCCCAUGAGCAUUGAACUGGAUAAUGAUGAAAGUGACGAUGAGGAACAGGAUGAAGAAACAGAUAAUGAUGACUCAGUUGUGGAACCACAGAACUCAAAGAAAACAGCACAAAGAAACAGAAAUGGUAAGAGAAAGACUGAACAAGAAUCAGAGGAGCGAUCCGAAGCAUCGGAAGAGGAGAAAGAAGAGAAAAGUAGAAAGAAAAAUGUGCAAAAUAGGACCAAAUCAACCAAUAGAAACAACUCAGAUGGAGCAGAGGAAGAAAUAACUAAAAAUAGGAAGAACAGGAGAAAUGUAAGAUCUAAGAAGGAAGAUUCUGAUGUUGAGGAGAGUGAUGAUGAGUCAGUGGCUCUAAGUAUGACAGCUGUUGACAGCCGGCUGAGUGACUUCACAGACAAGGGAUCUAUCGUCGGCCAGCAGUGUAAGGAGCUGCUGACGGUCCCCGUGCCUUUUUUCCAGCGAGUAGGAGAAGGGGGAGCCGUGGUCCAGGUCUGUGAGGAACCAGCUCCACGACCUCACAUACGCACCCUGGGACCCGAGGAGUUGCAGAUCCCGCAGCCCCCCCUUCUUCUCAUCGUACACCAGCCACAGGGCCGGGUCCACGUCGGGCUAAUGGAGACAUGCCUUAUGGCACUGGGCUGCCCGGUGAGUCUGGAAAAAGCUCCGGACCCAGCACAAAGAUUAAGAGGGAGCCGGGAGGCCUUCCUCACCACUGCCGUGGUUGGGGCCAUGAAGAGACUGCAGCAGUCCCCUGGCGGGCCAGAUGGCACUUUGUGGGCACUCCUCCCAGGCCAGGCGGAUGAAAAUCAGGCGCCGGAAGGAGUACACGUGGCGGAGGCCUGCAUCCUUGAGGCCGAGCGGGAUUGGCGCAAUCCCGGACCUGACCUCCCCCGGUUGAUGGAGGUGGGGGAGGAGGAGCUCGCUGGAGACAAAGGGCGGGACAUUAGGAAUGAUGAUCCUCUGGGCGGCGGCCUCAUGGGGGUCCACCGCCAGAAAGGUCCCACCCACAAAGUGCACAUUAAGCCAAACAAAGGUGCUCAGUACUUAACAGAUUUUUCAUUGUACGGUGCCAGCAAAGAAAGUAGUAUUUUUGUGUUGAAGCGAAGAUACAAAAUAAUGUACCAACUAAGCCCAGUCACCUGCAGUAACUCGGAAGAAGAAUCUGAAGAAGAAGAAAUCAUUACAGAGGAAGAUAUGGCCAAGCUGAAGGAGGAAGUAGAAGAAAAAAAGAAACUAAUUGCAACUUUACGAAACAAACCCUCACCCAUGAAACAGAAAUUACAGUUAUUGAAAGAAGCACAGCAAUUUGUGGAGAAAUUUGAAGGUGCACUUGGGAAAGGAAAAGGCAAGAGGUUUUAUGCCUAUAAAGUAAUGAUGACGAAAAAAUGGAUGAAAUUUCAGCGUGACUUUGAGAACUUCAAAACUGCUUGUAUUCCAUGGGAAAUGAAAAUAAAAGAGAUUGAAAGUCACUUUGGUUCAUCAGUUGCUUCAUAUUUCAUAUUCUUAAGAUGGAUGUAUGGAAUUAAUAUGGUUCUGUUUGGAUUAACCUUUGGUUUGGUCAUGAUCCCUGAGGCUCUGAUGGGAAAACCGUAUGGUAGCAUGCCAAGAAAAACUGUUCCAAAGAGUGAGCAAACCUCAGCCAUGAACUUUGCUACAUUGUGGGAUUUUGGGGGAUAUGCACAAUAUUCUGUCCUUUUCUAUGGUUACUAUAAUAACCAGCGGACAAUUGGAUGGCUGAAGUUCAGGCUACCCUUGGGCUACUUCCUGGUGGGAAUUGGUACAAUAGGAUACAGCUUCAUGGUGGUGAUUAGAACAAUGGCAAGCAAUGCGAAUGAGGAAGGUGGCGGAGAUGACACAAGUUUUAACUUUAGUUGGAAGAUGUUUACAAGCUGGGACUACUUGAUUGGCAAUGCAGAAACUGCGGACAAUAAGUUUGCUUCCAUCACCACCAGUUUUAAGGAAUCCAUUCUUGAGGAACAAGAGAAUCGGAAAGAAGGAAAUAUCCAUUUAACCAGAUUCUUACGGGUUUUUGCCAACUUUUUGGUACUCCUCACUCUGGCUGGAAGUGGCUAUCUUAUUUUCUUCGUCGUCAGAAGGUCUCAGAAGUUCGCUCAGGAGGGACUGGACGACUAUGGAUGGUGGGAAAGAAAUGAAGUAAAUAUGGUCAUGUCGCUGCUGGGUAUGUUCUGUCCAAUGUUAUUUGACAUCAUUAGUCCUUUAGAGAACUACCAUCCACGAAUUGCACUCCAAUGGCAACUGGGCCGCAUUUUUGCUUUGUUUCUUGGUAACCUCUACACGUUUAUUAUCGCGUUAUUGGAUGAAAUUAAUCUUAAGCUUGAAGAGGAAAAGAUUGUUAGAUACAAUAUUACUAUCUGGGAGAAGAACCUUUAUAAUGGAACUUGGCUGGAGAACUCAACUUCACAUCCUCCAUUGGAUGUAGAUCCUGCAAUUGUACCCAGAGGACCAUGUUGGGAGACCAUGGUGGGGCAGGAGUUUGUACGGCUCACUGUUUCAGACACAUUGACUACCGUCAUUACCAUACUGAUCGGCGAUUUUCUCCGUGCUGUUUUUGUCAGAUUUAUUAAUUACUGCUGGUGUUGGGACCUGGAGUAUGGAUUUCCUUCCUAUGCCGAAUUUGAUAUCAGUGGGAAUGUUCUGGGUCUGAUCUUCAAUCAAGGCAUGAUAUGGAUGGGUGCCUUUUAUGCUCCGUGUCUUCCAGCUAUCAAUGUUCUACGUCUCCUGGCCUCCAUGUAUCUGCAGUGUUGGGCAGUCAUGUGCACUAAUGUUCCACAUGAGCGCGUGUUCAAGGCUUCAAGAUCAAAUAACUUCUACAUGGCCAUGUUGCUGAUCAUCUUGUUCUUGUCAACACUGCCUGCGGUUUACACCAUUGUCUCAAUACCGCCGUCCUUUGAUUGUGGUCCAUUUAGUGGGAAAGAUAGAAUGUUUGAUGUUAUUCAAGAAACUCUGGACAAUGACUUUCCAGCAUGGUUUGGAAAAGCUUUCACUGCUGCGACCAAUCCUGGUUUGAUUCUGUCUUUCAUUUUACUUAUGGCUUUAGCUAUCUAUUAUCUUCAGACAACCUCUGAAUCAUAUAAGGCUGCAAACUUGGAAUUAAAGAAGAAACUACAGAAUCAAAGUGAUGAAAAUAAAAAGAGAAACAAACGGAAUGCCACAGCUGCAGCAAAUCAGAUGGAAGAACUACAGAAUUCCAUGCAGAAAGCCAACCAAAGAGCAACAGGAGGUGAUAUGGAUAAGAAACCAAAUGGAGUUAAUUCUUCAAACGAACAUUCAGCUCAUGGUGCCUAUCCACCCAAUGGAAGAGGAAUGAGACUUGCUGCUCCACCACGAGUGGCUGUGACUCGACCACCAGGGCCAAGAGGACCUGGCCAAUUGCCAGGUCUACCUCGUUAUCCUGGACCACAGCAGUACCAUGGAGCUCAUCCAAGGAUGCCCAGAGGUGGUACUGCUUAUAGAUAA